AUGCAUUUCCUUCGCACCCUGCUCCCCUUCAUGGCCGCAUCUUUCGCCGUCGCUGGUGUCAUUCCCUUGGACCAUGCCAGCCUCGUAGCUAAGGACCUUGCGGGGCGCCAGGGAAUCGAUGCCCCGACGGUCGUUGCAAUCAUCCAGGCGCUCGCGGCCCAGGUGAGCAGUCUCGAAGAGACGAUCGAGACGGCUUCAGGCCUCAGCACCUCCGCCCAGGUGUCGGCUCUCUCUCAGAACAUUACCUCUUCUCUCAAUACAAUAAUCACCGAGAUAAACCAGUCCGUCGGGGCGUCGACCGGUGUCGUCUUCAGCGACCCAACAUCCUGCCAGGAGAUCGGUGACGCAUUGAACCAGUUCGCAACCGUGCUCGACAACACGUUCCACGUACUCAUCUCCGAGGCUCCCGUAUUCUUGAACUUCAACAGCGCCGCCCCGAUCGCACAAGAGUUGGGAGUGAUCCAGCCAGAGAUCGAUACAUUGGCAAACGUGAUAAUCCAGGCGCUUCCCUGCCAGACCCAAGCUGUCAAGCAAGGCCAGGCCUUGCUCGACAACGACUUUAGCAGCGCGAUUGCCGCGCUCGCUUAG